ACGAGCGCAUAGAUAGUUUUGCCCAUCUGUUCUGUUUUUCCCUUGGUGUCUGGCCCAGCGUUUCUCCACCAAUCUCGACUCCGCAGCCAUGGCACCGACCGUGAUCGUUCUUGUCCGGGACGCCGACGGCUUCGGGCCAACCAUUGCUGAAGCCCUCCUACCGAUCCCCAACUCCAACCUCACAAGGGAAAUCUCUUCGUUUGAGCUCUCGUUGGAGAAAUACGACGUUAAGGACAGUAAAGCUUCGGGCGAUCUCAUCCAGUUUCUUGAUCCAAGUGGAUCGCCUCAGGUGUCAAUCUUUAUCCUGCAAAAUUAUGAGCCUCCUCUUGCCGCAUGUGUCACCAAUGAACUAUUGGCAUCAUUUUCUAAUGAGACUACAAUAGUACUUCCAUUUGUGAUGAAAGCACUGAAGAUCAACAGGGAAGAAAUGAGUGGACACUCGGUUGAUCAGGAAGUGACACUCUAUGCUGCCAAAAUAGGUGGAAUAUCUGAACUUACCAAGGCCAUGAUUAGUGGAGCUAUCAGUGCACCUCCAUCCUUGCAAAUUCAUUGUGAACUGUUGGCUUGUUUGCUGCUGAUGGCACGAAUUUUAAGCUUGCCAACAGUUCUUAUUGCAGCAGGUGGUCAACGUUCUAAUAGAAAGUCUAGCAAUCCUGAGCUUGAGGCACUGUAUGAACUGGGGCAGUUAGUAGCAAGCAAUCUUGGUCUUUGCUUCUCCAAAGACAAAAUUCAACAAAAGCACCCCACGAAGUCAACUAGUGUUCAAGAACCAUGGCGUGCGUUAUAUGGAUGAGCUUUUUCGGCAAUCUAUUUAUAUGUUAAAAAUGAUAAUUUCAUGGCCUUUUGUUGGCAAAACAUCUUCUGAUUCAUGUUAUAUGUAGACGAUUCGCCAGUUCUUAUGUGGUAAGAGAGUGAAUCACCCUGCCGAUAACAGGUGCUGUUCUCUCUCUUAGGCAAUUUU